AACAAAUGAUCAUUGUUCUGCAUGUAGGAGAAAAAAAAAACACGACAUACGGCAGUGUUAGCCCCCAUAUGCUCACUGCUGACCCACAAAAGUGGGAGGCCGUCCAGGAUGCCGACGGCCAUCCACGAUGGCGUUGCAGAAUUUGCAAAGACGGCCGUCUUCGACCCCUAAAUCGCAUUACCGCCCACGAGAAAACUAUCUAUCACAACCGACUAGCCGAAUAUCUUGCGUCUGCAACCACUGCAUCACGAGCUGAACCCUCGCCUGCCAGGAGCUCGGAGCUGCUACAAGGUGUUACCGAUGUCGCCCUACGCAAUUUGCUUCGCUGUUUCUUACCAGAGGAGACCACCAGUGCAGGCGAUCUACCAGCUAAAUCCCUUCCUCAGUCGCCUACAUGAGCUAGCAUGGAUUAGCCACAGAGCUGUAAAUAUUAUUAUUCAACACUA